AUGCUGAAAGUUUUCCUAUUUCUUUGCAUUGUGGCUUUGCUUGAGUCAGCGAUUUUCUCCAGAAAAUCGCACAAAAAUUUGCCCGAAUCCUGGAUGAAAUUGUUGAAUUCAAAGCCAGAGCUGAAGAAAAUCUACAUCGAAUUAAGCAGAAAGUUUGGCUCAAGAGAAGCUCGAGCCUUCGCCUCAGUCAUCCAAGCACCCAGCAAUCCUUUAAUUCCCUUCAAAGUGCCUAAAAAUAAACAAAAUAGUCGACUCAAUCGACAAGAUCAAUCAUUUACACAGCUUGCUAAUCCAUUGUACCGUUUCCGCAUUGCCAACUAUUACUAUAAGAGGAUUCGGGAUCAUUAUGAUGUGCUCUUCCAUCACCUAUCCUCUCCAAUGUUUGGCGCAAUGCCAGCAAGAUUAAAUAACGAGAUUGAAACGAAUGAAGUGCUUGACUCAAAUGAUGACAAUUCAGUCUCAUUCAACAACGAUCGACCACAAAGAAGAUCAACCACAAACGUGAAUUCGGGAUUGAAUUUUGGAACCUCUGAAAAUCGAUAUUGGUAUGAUUACGGUAAU